UUUUACUUUGAAACAUGUUGAAGUUGAGGAGCUCGUGCGUGAGAUCAGCUGCUGCUCUGCUCUCACCUGCUGCUGCUGCUGCUCAGCCUCGUGCGCGCCUCUCUACCGGCUCCCAGCAGCAACACUCAACCUUCUACGAGUUCCGCACCUACUGCAUCCGUCCGGACCAGAACGCCGCCUUCCUCAAACUGACCAAUGAGCAGAUCCACCUGCGCACCGCUCACUCUGAGCUGAUUGGCUACUGGAGCGUGGAGUACGGCAGCCUGAACCAGGUGUUCCAUAUAUGGAAGUACGACAGUUACUCCAAGCGGGCAGCGGUCCGGGCAGCUCUGGCUCAGGACCCCUCCUGGCUCUCAAACUACAUCUCCAAGGCCAUGCCCAUGCUGACCAGCCAGUACAACGAGGUCACCUACCUGGUUCCCUGGAGCCACCUGAAGAAGCCUCCACAGGACGGAGGUGUGUACGAGCUGAUCACCCUCCAGAUGCGUCCUGGCGGUCCGGCGGUUUGGGGCGAAGCGUUCCACGCUGCCGUCAGCGCUCGUGAUGCUCCGGGUUACGGAAAGCUGGUGGGAGCGUUCCACAACGAGUUCGGCCCGCUGAACAGAGUUCACUCUCUCUGGUGGUUCGAGAGCGCCGACCGUCGCGCUGAACUUCGGCGUAAAUCUCACACUGAUCCCAGAGUCGUUGCUGCAGUCAGAAACAGCGUGAACUAUCUGGAUCAUCAGGAGAAUAAACUCAUGUUUCCGUGCUCCUUCUCUCCGCUGAAGUAACUUCCUGUCCUGCUGUCUCCAUGGCAACAGAGACAAACCUGAGCAGGAAGCCGAACACAUCGAGGAUCAUUCAGUCCAAACGUUGCUGCUGCUUAAAGAUGAAACUGUUUAAUAAAACCUGAAGAAUAAACGUGACACAUGUUGGAUCAAGUUUGUUUGUUUCUGAAUAAAAAGAUUAAAA